AACUCGCGCAAAAACUCAAACUAUUCCGGCAGUGAGUGCUUCUUGCAAAACCUACUAAAUGACGGAGCCGGAAUUGGUAAUCGCUUCAUCGCCGACCGACGCCGGUAUUGGAUGUUGGGACCUCCAUACCGGCGCUGAGCACCUCCGUUAUCGAACUUGCUCCUCCCCUUCCCACGGCCUUACCUGUGUCGGCGGCCGCUUUCUCGCCUCUUCUCAACUCCGUGAAACUAAAUCUUCCUCAGGCUCUAUCCUUUACUGGUCCUGGAACAAGCCUCAAGUGGAAGUUAAAAGCUUCCCAGCGGAACCUAUAAAUCCACUUGUUUCCAACAGUGAGGGAACUUAUAUAGCCGGAGGAGGUGCAUCCGGCGAAAUUUACUUGUGGCAGGUUGCUACUGGUAAACUACUUAAGAAGUGGCAUGCUCACUAUAGGGCGGUUACUUGCUUGUUAUUCAAUGAUGAUCAAUCACUUCUGAUUUCUGGUUCAGAGGAUGGAUCAGUUCGAGUUUGGUCUCUUAUAAUGGUAUUUGAUGACUUGUUGAGAGGGAAAGCAAGACAACCUUAUGAGUUUAGUUUCUCAGAGCAUUCUUUGAAGGUGACUGAUGUUGUGAUUGGGUACGGCGGAGCUAAUGCAAUUAUUGUUUCUGCUUCAGAAGAUAGAACUUGCAAGGUUUGGAGUCUUUCUAGGGGAAAAUUGUUGAGAAACAUUGUGUUUCCAUCAAUAAUUGACGCAAUUGCAUUAGACCCCGGAGAAGAUGUCUUCUAUGCUGGUGGUAGAGAUGGGAAAAUAUACAUAGCUGCACUAAAUGCUGUUGCAGACCCCAAUAAUAAUUAUGGAUUGCACAUUCUUGGGUUUCUCUCUGAGCAAAGCAAGGCUAUUACAUGCUUAGCAUUAAGCACGGAUGGCAGCUUGCUAAUUUCUGGAUCAGAGGAUGGCAUGGUUCGAGUGUGGAACACCAAAAACCAUAACAUCACCCGAAUUUUUAGGCAUGCAAAAGGUCCAAUUAACAAUGUUGUAGUUGUUAGACAAUCAUCUCUUAUGAGUAACCGAGGAACCGUGAAUUCUCAAAUGCCUUCCGUUAAGAGACACGGGGUAUCAUUACCUCCACCAUUGGAAAAGUGUGCUAAUUCAGCAGAUGAAAAUGACUAUAAGGCAGUAAUUGGCCCCCGGAUCGAUCCUGAUAGAUCUGUUGAAACUUCAUAUAUCAGUAUUCAGUCCCUAAGUAAUCAAAUCUUAGAACUUCAGAGACAAGGGUCUUCUGCUGCUGCUGAAAUGGAGAUCGAAAGGCUAAAACUCGACCGCAGCAGGUCCAUGCAAAUGAUUCAGCAGUGGGAAACAAAGUUUCAAAGUCUACAUCAGUUUUGUGUAACCGAGCUAUUGGAUGGGGAAAAAGCUGGAAAUGCUUAGGGACACAGUCUUAUAACAUAUUUUUCUAAAACACGGUGAGCAGAAAGACGAAAGGGGAAAGCUAGAUUUUAAACUUCCGCCUACAUGAUGGCUUGUGAUGGUGCUCACCAAGUUAGCUAGCUCUCAACUCCAGUUUUCCAUACCGAUUCCUACCUGCAACAGCUAAUAUUUUUUCACGUAACGAUUCAGCUGCGAUCAGUCGAUUUAAACUAUUGGUUAACAUUUGGAUUCAGUCGAUUCCGCAAACAAACAGAUUACAUUUUACAUUUGAUUAUGUAUCUUAAUGUAAGAUCUUGAACUAUUUCACUAGCUGCUAUGGGAUAUAAUCUUAAUGCUUGUCAAA